ACGACUUUUACAUUCAGGGCAUUCUCCUUCCUUUAUCUUUAAUAUUAUAAACACUGGAAUAAAACGCGUGCAGUGUCUAGUUUUUCGUGACAGAAAAAAAAACGCUGAGUACUCCGACAUGGCUCCACUUGACGACAAGAUAUGCAUUGUUACUGGUGCUACUCGUGGAAUCGGUAAAGGGAUCGCCCUUCAACUUGCGGAAAAGGGGGCAAAGGUCUACAUUACCGGAAGGACGCUGGAACCCCCGAAAGACUCGACUAUCGGCGGCUCGUUACGUGACACUGCACGUGAGAUUGAGGCUCGUGGCGGCACGUGCAUUCCGGUACAGUGUGAUCAUUCUAACGACAAGGAUGUCGAGCAGUUGUUUGAGACGGUUAAAAGUGAAAACGAUGGACGCUUGGACAUUGUUGUAAAUAACGCGUUUUCUGCUGGCAACGCGAUAUUUCAUGCGUUAGGUAAACCUUUUUACGAACAGCCAACGUCGAUGUGGGAUACUGUUAACAACGUCGGCCUACGGAAUCAUUAUAUUUGUUCUGUGCUCGCUUCCCGGCUAAUGGUUCCAAGAAAGCAAGGACUGAUCGUGAAUAUCUCUUCCGUCGGCGGCUUACUAUACCUUUUCAACACCGCUUAUGGAAUAGGCAAGGAGGCGUGCGAUCGCAUGGCGGCUGACUGUGGCUUUGAACUGCGUGGGCAAAACGUCGCGUUUGUGAGUCUUUGGCCGGGUGCCGUAGGCACCGAGUUCGUUCUAAAUAAAUAUGGAGACGAAGCGGCCGAUAAAAUAGACCCUAACAAAGAUCCCGCAGUGAUCCCAGAUAGAAAGAAAUGGUUAGACAUAUUCCAAAAGGGCGAGACUCCGGAGUUUGCUGGACAAUGUAUUGCAGCCCUCGCCAUUGACCCUGACUUAAUGGCGAUGACAGGAAAAAUACUGACGACGUUUGACCUUAAACAGAGAUACGGGCUUCAGGACGCCCCCGGCCAUGCUCCAACGGACGUUCGCUCGAUGAAGUGGGGGCUACAACAGGGUGGACACACAUGGAUUUCGGCGCUGACUCCAGGAUUUGUGCGCGUCCCAAAAUGGCUGCUCUCUCUUGGUGGGAGUAAAUUCUGAGGUUCAAGGACAAAUGGCAGUUAUACUCAUCAUAGCCGAAUAAAUGUUACCAUUAAUAACCGUUAUAUAACUAUCGUUAUAUGUUAUCAAAUGUUACCGUUUUUGAUGAUGUUUUUAUGAAAAAAUGAGAUCUUAUGGCUAUAAAUACCUUGUUACAAUCGCUACAUGUUAAUAUUGUACAUACAUGUACAUACGUAUUUAUGCACAGUCAUGUUUAUUUCAUUUGUAGAUGUCUUCACAUUCACAUUUCACAUUGAAGAUGUAAUACAACGUACUUUUGAUAAUGGCAAGAUAGCAUUGGAAGUAAAUGAAUAGAGACCAACUGCUCAGGCAGGAAAAGCACCAUUUUGCCGAACAAAAUUAUACCGAAUAUUCCCUUUUAAAUGAGCGUUUGUCUGUUGCAUUUUGCUUAUUAGAAUAGAUUCAAAAGAAUAUCAAACAGGUUAAAAUAAAGAGUCUCUUUUUUAUUUGGUGCAUAAAUUCAUAUAAUGCAGUUACUGUAAAACAAAUUUUGACUGUAUCGUUUUAACGUGCAUUUCGAGUUUUAAGUUCUAAUAAUGUACUUGUACUACUGCUGCACCUAAAGCAAUCUAUGCAGUCGACGCUGCUGCCGCUUCCUCUUCAACCAUCAAUCCAUCAAUACUACUACUACUAUUCUUGCAUACCGGACGUGUGUUUGCGGUCAUGUGACCGGUGCUGGAAAAACUCAUCUUACACCACCCAUGUAAGAUGAGUCACGCGCAACAACGCGCCACUACUUAUUUCUUUUAUUGUAGGGGUUAUGACAAGUAUAUUAUGCAAUUUCAAUAAAGCGGAUUCAAAAAUAUAAGUUUACAUUACUUAAUAAUUAAAAUUGAAAAUAAAUCAUCGUUAACCCUUUCACUGCCAACGCUGGAAGUACUAAAUGACGUCGACUGUGCCAAAGGUGUAAUUUAGCGCAUUUCAAGAACGUCGCUAAUAAGGAAAUAAACAUAUCAGUAUGACAUAUGCUUAAAGUAAUCGAUCAAUAGUUUUCGUUUCUCUUAAGCGAUUGUAACCAUCGUGGUUUUAAAUAAAAGGUAGAGGUUUGCCCUUUUUUAAUUGAAUGAAAGACAAACUUAUGUAGUACCGGUUUA